CAGUGAGAACUCAGAAGCGAUCGAAUAAACGAACGAAAAAAGAAUUACAUAGAAGUUGAUGUAAUAAAGCUGAAAUUGUGAUAAAACUUGCUUCUACGACUCGCGAUAGUUCCUGGAAACGAUGGAGGAGUACGCUAGAGAACCAUGUCCUUAUCGGAUUGUAGACGAUUGUGGCGGCGCAUUUGCUAUGGGUUGCAUCGGCGGUGGCGUGUUUCAGGCGAUCAAAGGAUUUCGGAAUGCACCUUCGGGAAUGAAUCGGCGGUUGUUGGGCAGCUUAACAGCAAUUAAAAGCCGUUCGCCAAUCAUUGCGGGGAACUUUGCUGUUUGGGGAGGAAUGUUCAGCACUAUCGACUGUACUCUUGUGCACUUUCGCAAGAAGGAAGAUCCGUGGAAUUCGAUCAUAAGCGGCGCUGCAACUGGUGGUAUUCUCGCUGCACGCAACGGUGUUCCAGCGAUGAUCGGUAGUGCUGUGAUCGGUGGUGUCCUGCUGGCAUUGAUCGAAGGCGUCGGCAUUAUGUUUACGCGCAUAUCUGCGGAACAGUUUCGCAACCCUGCGCCACCAACAGAUGAUCCUGCGGCGCUAGGCGACCCAGGUCAACAACAAUCGACGUCUUCAGCUUCAUCUUCAUCGGCGUUUGCGUUUGGACAGCCGAGUCAGAGCAACUACCAAUGAAAAACUCCUGACUGGAAUAGUGUAACAUAUUCCGAGCGGUCGAUAUGAAGUAAGCGAAUAACAAGAGAGUCCCGUAAAGAUUAAGGAUGUGUACAUUGUAUGAUUAAUUUAAACUGAUGAAUGUAGGUAUGAUUGUAGUAUAAAGCUCACUAUAUCUCUAUAAAGAAAAUGUUAUGGUCAAUUUUAAUGCUACGAUUGUGAUUAUACUGUUAGCUACAUUGACUGUCUUUUCCUUCCAGAGAUGUACAUAAUGAAUGUGCGAAUGUUACGUGUAAGAUGUGUGAAAGAAGAGCGAUAAUCAUAUUGUUGAACGUAAGAGACCUAAAAGCAUGAUUUAUUUUUAUUGAAAAUUUUUGUCGAUUGAUUUCCUUUUAUGUAAUUCAUGCAAAAGAGCAAUCCUCAAAGAAAUGACCAAUAAAUAAAGCUGCUAGUUUUGUUACUGAUACCAGAAUAUUUAAAAAAAAUAUUGUUUCACGAAGGACUUAUAAUUAUAGAGAAAUACUUUCGAAGUUCGACUUGAAUAAUAUGAGCCGUGUUAGCGCCGUAAAAAACUUGUUGACUUAGUUUUACUUAACUUUGAACGGAUAACAAUUAUGAAGCUCUGCAUAUCUACUUUAUCAUUUAUACGUGCGACGAAACAUAUAAGAUAACCAACAUCAGCCAACCAAUCAACCAACUAUAAUCCCCAACGGCUGAGUGGUUUUCGUUUCCAUUGACUUGGUUCUUUCAUAGAUUAACCUACGCAAGCAGAAUAUUCUCAAAUCUUCUCACCAAAACAGCACAAACUGUAGCAGUGUAUGUAACGAAUGUAAGCUAGAAAAGAGAGUUCUUGUAAAACUAAUUGA